AUGGGUAGUGCAUCGGCCCCAAGGGGCGACGAAGAAGACCUAGACAAGCUAAUCACAGAAUUUGGGUCCUUGGUGGAUGAGUCCCUUGUCGUACUCAUAUUUCGAGAGCAGGGCUACCAGGAAACACGCAAAGCGCUCGCCGAGAUAUCUAAAGAUGUGCGCGACGAAGAAGCUUCCGGCUUUGACACCGGCAACUACUAUGGCUCCGAAGGUGGUUCGAAUAUAGAAGGCGCACAGUCCCCUUCUCUAACCAAUAGCGGUUCAUGGGCUACGUCCGACUACGAUAUUGGCUCUCCGCGCACUGCUGCGUCGGCCAUGGCGGAUGACUUUCAGCCGUUAGCAAGAGAUCAACUUCUCCCAGACACAGCCGACGCUGGAGCGACUCCAGAAGCGACCCUCAAGAGCAUCUUCCCCAUGCUGAAGGACACGGAUAUCAGAAGAGCCCUAAAGGAGUCGGCGGGCGAUGCCAUGAGGGCGUCAGACAUUCUCCUGAACAUCAAGCAUCUGGAGGAGACGGGCCAGCGGCUAAAGGGAAUCGACGCUUUCUUUCAGCUGGAUGGAUUUCCAGCCAAGAAAAGCCGGAAGAAGGCACAUACAAAGGAGAAGGAGACUGGGCGACAACGGCUGUCGGUGGACUACAAGCUUGCGCCCCUGAGUGUCAACGAACAAGCUGAGUGUGCUGAGCGCUCGUCGACACAAUCAGCCCCUCCCCAGGUGUCUAUGACGCCUGGCAACUGUGUCGACCAGGCGGCGAUGGCCGAGAAAUCGUGGGCUGCAGCCGGUGCUUCUUAUGCGGCUGCAUCGGCAGCAACUCGUCGAGGUCGUUCAGACCCUCUUUUCCGUCAGGUGGCUGCAGUGUACUCUGAUCGCGGUCGCGAACAGGCAGCCGUGGCGCGGCUGCGGCAGAGCGCGGCCGCCGACGCCUUUGUCGAGGAACAGAGCUCUGCAGACGUCAUCGAUGUCCAUUACGUCACUGUCGACGACGGUGUUCGCAUCGCCGUUGAACGCACGCAGCAGUGGUGGGUUAAGCUCGGCGAGCAUCGGAUAAAGAAGGCUCGGAACGAGCCUCUGCGCGUCGUGACUGGCUCUGGAGUGCAUAGCGCCAAAGGUUUCUCCCGUAUGUAUGGAGAAGUCGGAGCGGCGCUUGAGAGGGCUGGUUGGAAGGUCCAGCCCGGAAUCGGCCAUUAUCUCGUUACUGGAAAGAAGUGA